GUACACUAACAAACAUGGCCAGUUAUUACUUGAAAUUCCACGGUUUUGUGUUGAUAUUAUUAAUUGUUUUUCCAUACUUUAUUAAAUGUAAAUGCCCCAAUAUUGUAUCAAGAUCGCAAUGGGGAGCAAGAAGUGCCUUAAGUCAAAGAUACUUGAAAUUUAAUCCACCCCCCUACAUUGUCAUACAUCAUUCUGCAGGUCCUGAAUGUCGUACUGACAGCACCUGCAAAUCUACUGUUAAAAGUAUUCAGGACUAUCAUAUUAGUAGCAAAGGGUUUAAAGAUAUAGGAUAUAAUUUCUUGGUUGGGGACGACGGAAAUGUAUAUGAAGGCAGAGGUUGGGGCAUUCAUGGGGCCCACGUUCCAGCUUACAACGCCAGAAGCAUUGGAAUUUGUUUUUUAGGGAACUUUCAAAGGUCUUCUCCAUCAGAAAAACAACUUGAAACAGUACAAAAUUUAGUUUCUUGUGGAGUGGAACUUGGAAAAAUAUCCCCCCAAUAUAAAUUGAUUGGACAUAGGCAAGGAAAAAGUACUGAAUGCCCUGGACAAACAUUGUUUGAUAUAAUAAAAAAGUGGCCUCAUUUUGAACCAAAUCCAAACUAGAUUUUAUAAAUAAUUAUGUAAAUUAGGUACAUAAAUUUUAUAUAAGCCAA